AUGCCCAGGGGACAGAAGAGUAAGGUCCGGGCUCGUGAGAAACGCCGCCAGAGCAAAACUAAGUUCCAGGAGCUUGAGGAUACUGAAACCAUGGCACCAGAGGAGGAAGAGUCAUCCUCUUCCUCUGCUCUGCCCUCUGGAGAUGCUGUGCCAAGUACUUCUUCUGAAAUCCUUGCCAAGUUGUUUCAAGAAAUGCCUAGUACCGCCACUUUUAGUAUUUGCAUUGCCUGCAAAAGCACUGAUACGGGUGCCAUGAGCCAAGGAAAGAAAUAUGUGAGUUCCUCUGCGGCCCAGAAAUCCAAGAAGAGCCCACAGCAAGAUCUUCUAACAAGGAAGACUGGGAUGCUGAUGGAGUAUAUGCUCAACAAGUACAAACAGAAGGAGCCCCUGCUGAGGAAAGAAAUGCUGAAUGUUGUCACUAAAAGUUUCAAGGAGCAGUUCCCGGAGAUCCUUAAGAAAGCCUCCAACCGCAUGGAUCUGGUUUUUGGCCUUGAGGUGAAAGAAAUCCAGCCCCAUGGUCAAACCUACAUUCUUGUCAGUAAGUUAGAUUUCCAGGAUGAUGGAAGUGGGAGCAGUGAGCUAGGUCUUCCUACUAGGGGCAUUCUGAUCCCUCUCUUAAGUGUGAUCUAUUUGAAUGGUUACUGUCUCCCAGAGGAAGAGGUCUGGCACUUCCUGAGUAUGUUAGGAAUCUAUGAUGGGGUUCCACACCUCAUCUUUGGGGAUGCAAGGAAGCUCAUCACUGAAGAUCUAGUGCAGGAAAACUACCUAGAAUACCGUCAGGUUCCUGAUAGUGAUCCUCCAUGCUAUCAGUUCCUGUGGGGUCCAAAAGCUUAUGCUGAAUCGAGCCGGGUAAAGGUGAUGGAAUUUUUGGGCCACAUCAAUGAGACUGGCUCCUCUACCUAUCCAUACAAUCAUGAAGAAUCUUUGAAGGGGAAAGCUAGAGCCCAAGCUGGAGAUGAAGCCCAGAGAAGCACUAAAUCUAAGGCCAAGAAACGUUCUAAAGCCAAGUCCAGCCUCCCUACACAUGUUAGUGAUGUCUAAGGUAGUCUCUACCAAGUGAU